CCCCGUAUCACCACCAAUACAGAAAACCCCAAAACUCCUUUCUCUCCAUUUCUCUGCAGACUGCAAUUUCUUUUGGCUUCCAUGGCACCCCAAAAGCUAACGGAAUACGAGAGGAAGAGGCUCGAAAACAUACGCCGGAAUGACGAAAUGAUGGCCGCACUGAAGAUCCACUCCAAAGCCUCUCAACUCUCUGCUGCUACCAAACGCCAACGAAUUGGACCAUCCAAGUCCCAUAAAUUGAGUCCAGAAAAGAAGAAGAACACCCAAACAGAGUCUCCGAUGGUUAUUAGGCGGUCACUUCGUGCUCGAGGAAUGCCGCCAGAUUCAGGAGGUUUAGAUAUGGAUUCUAUUGAGACUCCAAUUAAAAUACCAACUCCAAUCAGUUCACCAAAGCCCUCGCCGCGUGUAAUGGGUCCGCUUAGUAUGAGGGAUGCUUACAGUGGAACAGGGUCUGAUCGAGAACUAACAGGCACAAUUUUGUCUCUUGAAAAGAAAACCAAUGUGGAUUCUUCAAUUAAAAAGGAAUCUGAUGGAUUUGAGGCUGUAAAAAAGGAGGAAAAUGGUGAUUUUUCUCAUGAAUUGGUUGAGGGAGUGAUUAAAAGUGAGUAUUUUGAUUCUGAGAUUAAGAUAGAGAAGAAGGAAAUUCAGAGUUGCGUUGAUUUAUGGUCAAUGGAUUUGAAACCAGAGAAUAUAGCGAGAAUUUUGCCUGGGAGGAUAAUGAUAGUAAGAUUUUGGCCUUGUACUGAUGUAAAUAUGAUUGUAGCAGGAAACAAGUUUGGUAAUAUUGCAUUUUGGAACGUGGAUAGUAAAGGAAAGGAGGAAGGAGAUGGGAUAUUUUUGUAUCGCCCGCACACUGCUCCCGUUUCAGGAAUUUUGUUUCAAAAAUCUUGUCCCAAGAUCUUUACCAGUUCCUAUGAUGGAUUUCUUCGAUUGAUGGAUGCUGAGAAGGAUGUAUUUGAUCUGGUAUAUUCUUCUGAUGAUGCUAUAUUUUCCCUCUCCCAACGACCAAAUGACAUGAAUGGCUUGUAUUUUGGUGAGGGCCAUGGAGGAUUGAAUAUCUGGGAUGAGAGGACAGGAAAGUCUUCUUCGCAUUGGAUUCUUCAUGAAGACAGGAUCAACUCCAUAGAUUUCAAUUCGCAAAACCCUAAUAUUAUGGCCACUAGUUCUACAGAUGGGACAGCUUGCCUCUGGGAUUUAAGAAGGGUAAAUGCAGAUAAGCCUGAAAAUUUAAAGAUAAUAAGCCAUAAUAGGGCUGUGCAUUCUGCAUACUUCUCACCUUCUGGAAGCUUUCUUGCAACAACAAGUGUUGAUGACACUGUCGGUAUACUAGGUGGUGUUAACUUUGAAGACUUGUCUAUGGUAUACCAUAACAACCAGACUGGCAGAUGGCUUUCUUCUUUCAGAGCAAUAUGGGGUUGGGAUGAUUCAUAUAUCUUCAUUGGCUACAUGAAACGAGGAGUUGAUGUCAUCUGUCGCUCACGAAGAACAGAAAUUUUGACUCUACAAAGUCCCCAUAUGUCUGCUAUUCCAUGCAGAUUUGAUGCGCAUCCUUACAAUGUUGGAAUGCUGGCAGGAGCAACUAGCGGGGGCCAGGUUUACAUAUGGACUUCAAGCUAGGAAAGCAGUAACUAAUUAGUGUGUAAUAUAUGUCGAGUCCUGACUGUCCUGUAGUCAUUUCUCAUGCACUUCCAUGUUAAAUGAAGUUACUAACUGUUGUAAAAUAACAACUGCCGUUUUUGAUAUCUCGAAUAGGUUUAGUCCCUUAUUUUGUUGACAAGUGCUCCAAUUUAAUAUUGCUUAUUUGGAGAGCUAAAUGCUGGUUUUCUUUUGA